AAGGUUUUAAAUAUCACACGUGUGCACAAAUAAUUUCUCUGCAUGUCCAAUUAACGUAAUGAAUGCAAUAACGAGCGUUUUGAGCCAAUGAUUAUUUGAUAAGUAUACGGUAUAAUACUGUGAUUUUCCUUUAAGUUUAUUUAUGAGAGCUAAAGGAAUAUCAAGAUGAAUAAGUACCAUAAGCCACGUUUAACACCAAAACAUCAAGAUUCCCAACAUUUAGUAUUUUCAGUCUUCACGGCAAACGAUAUAAGGAAUUUAAGUGUAACAAAAAUCAGAACACCAUUAUGUUUUAACAUUCUUGGACAUCCACUAAAGGGUGGAUUAUAUGACCCAGCCUUAGGUACAACGAGAAGCAGUUCGGAGGUAUGCAACACAUGUGGAUAUAACGGUUCCAAAUGUCCAGGUCACUUUGGUCAUAUAGAAUUGCCAGUACCCGUUGUUAAUCCAUUAUUCCACAAACCACUGUCCAUGCUACUCAAACUGUCAUGUCUAAGUUGCUUUACAUUACAAGUACCGUCGUACAUCAAACAAUUACUAUCUGCAAAAUUAAAGUUACUUUAUCAAGGACAACUCAGUGAUCUUGAUAAUCUGGAUCAAGAAGUAACGACCAUAAUAUCGUCAAGUCAAAAAGAAGAAGAACGAACGGAGUGCAUUCGCGAUGUAAUUAAUACCUAUAUGCAGAACUUCUUCAACAGAACCAGAUACAGUCAAACCGAGCCUCAGGAUCACGAGAAUCGAGUCAAUAUAAAAAACAUCAUUAUGCAAUGGCAUGUGUAUGUCGAAAGUGUACUCAAACAAUAUGUGAGAAACAACAAAGGUGGAAUAUGCGUGAAUUGUCACGACAGUCUACCGAAGAUUUUGACACUGCAGAAUAAGAUAAUGAUAAGCAACAAAGGAGUUGGAUUCUCCAAAGAGGCGCACGAGGUAACACACAAAUUGGGAACAGUGAUGAUCAUGCCAGAUCAGUCUAAAGAAUAUCUACGACGAUUGUGGGAAAAUGAAAGAGAUUUCCUCGAAAUAAUAGUGCCUUGCUUAGAACUGAUAGACAUUGAGUAUCCCACUGACGUGUUCUUUUUCGAAGUGAUACCUGUGCUACCGCCGAUUGUGCGGCCGGUGAAUAUUCUCAAUAGUCAAAUAGUCGAACAUCCUCAGACUCAUAUCUACAAGAGUAUCAUACAGGAUUGCUUGGUCUUGAAAAAUAUCAUACAAACGAUCCAGGAUGGAGGCACCGAUCAUUUGCCUCAGGAAGGUCGACUCGUGUUCGAACAAAUAAAGGGAAUCACGCCGGUCGAGAAGUUGCACAAUGCCUGGCAGGCGCUGCAGAGCAACGUGAAUCACCUGAUGGAUCGCGACAUGAAUAAGACUCCCGAGUCCAUCAAUGGUCAGGGCCUGAAACAGAUUCUCGAGAAGAAGGAGGGUAUCAUUAGGAUGCAUAUGAUGGGUAAGAGAGUGAAUUUUGCCGCGCGCUCGGUGAUCACUCCCGAUCCCGACCUGAAUAUCGACGAGAUCGGCAUUCCAGAAGCUUUUGCUCGUAAACUGACAUAUCCCACGGCCAUAACACCGUGGAACGUUGUCGAAUUGAGACGAUUAGUCUUAAACGGUCCCGACGUUCAUCCUGGUGCGGUUAUGGUAGAGAACGAGGACGGUUCGAUACAAGCUAUCAAUAGUCGCGAUUCAACGCAGAGAGAAGCCAUUGCGAAACGCCUUUUGAUGACAAGCGACAGAACCAACGAAUCUUUCAUCGGUGUCAAAGUGGUUCAUCGGCAUCUCCAAAAUGGCGAUGUGCUGCUGAUAAACAGACAACCGACGUUGCACAAGCCGAGUAUAAUGGCUCACAAGGCACGCGUUCUAAAGGGCGAGAAGACACUGCAUCUUCAUUAUGCGAACUGUAAAGCAUACAACGCGGACUUCGAUGGUGACGAGCUCAACGCUCACUUUCCGCAAAACGAGCUAGCCAGAAGUGAAAGUUACAACAUAGCCAAUGUAUCCAAUCAGUAUCUCGUGCCAAAAGACGGAACUCCAUUGAGCGGCCUUAUACAGGAUUACAUGGUAUCUGGGGUGCGAUUGACAACUAGAGGUAGAUUCUUUUCGAAGACGCACUACGCGCAAUUGGUUUACAUCGCAUUGAUGCAAGAUAAUAUAAUUCUUCUACCGCCGGCUAUCGUUAAACCGAAGAUGCUGUGGUCGGGUAAACAAGUCCUCUCGACAGUCAUAAUAAAUAUCAUUCCCUCAAAUAAAGCGCGAAUUAACUUAAUCUCCAACACGAAGAUUGGCGCAAAGGAAUGGCAAACAGAGGAACCGCGACGUUGGAAAUGCGGAAUGGAAUUUAAAAAUCCAAUAACCAUGUCGGAGGCUGAAGUUAUAAUUCGACAUGGAGAAUUACUGUGCGGAGUACUCGACAAAAUGCACUAUGGUGCGACACCUUAUGGUCUCAUUCAUUGUAUUUACGAGUUGUAUGGAGGAGUAUGUGCGAGUAGGAUGCUUAGCGCGUUCGGCAGGCUGUUCCAGAUGUUUCUACAGUGUGACGGAUUCACUCUCGGCGUCGAAGACAUUCUGAUAACUCGUAAGAUUGACGAGAAACGCAAAGAGAUCAUUUCAAACUGUAGAAAAGUUGGGGAAGCUGUACAAAGAUCCAUAGUAAAAGUACCCGAUAACGCGUCUAUGGAGGAAGUUCGUGCUAAGAUAGAGGAAUCUUACUGGAGUAACUCGAAAUUUCGCGCACAAAUUGAUCACAAAUAUAAGAGCACCUUGGACGUAUAUACCAACGACAUUAACAAAGUCUGUCUAUCAACAGGUCUUCUCAAGAAAUUCCCGGACAACAAUUUGCAACUCAUGGUGCAAUCUGGCGCGAAGGGUUCUACAGUGAACACCAUGCAGAUAUCAUGUUUGCUCGGUCAGAGCGAAUUGGAAGGCAAAAGACCGCCGCUGAUGAUCAGCGGAAAGAGUCUUUCGAGUUUUCCGGCUUAUGAUCCGACACCUAGAGCCGGUGGUUUCAUUGACGGUAGAUUUAUGACCGGCAUCAGACCCCAAGAGUGCUUUUUCCAUUGUAUGGCAGGACGCGAGGGUCUCAUUGACACCGCUGUGAAAACCAGCAGGUCCGGUUACCUGCAGAGGUGUCUGGUGAAACACCUGGAAGGUUUAAGUGUCAAUUACGACGCGACAGUCAGAGACUACGACGGCAGUCUUAUUCAGUUUUAUUAUGGAGAGGACGGCCUCGAUAUAUCUGGUUCGCGUUUUCUGAAAAAGGAACAAAUUGAAUUUCUAGUUGAUAAUAAAGACGCUAUUAUAGACACGAAGUUAUUAGAGUGCCUGAAAACAGAUAAUGGAGAGAUUACGAAAAUGACGAAAAAGAUUAAGAAAUGGGAAAGCAAAAAUGGUUCCUCCUUGCGAAAGAGGAGAAUCAGCGAGUUCAGUAAAUUUUCCAUAGAAAAUUCUGAACAGAGUAAUAAUGCGAAACGAAAAAGUAUUGAUAGCCAUAGUGGGAGAAGUAAAGCCGCGUUAUCGCUCAUGAAGAAGUGGAUAAAAUCAAAAAAAGAAAUAAAGGAAUCAUAUCGCGUGCAAUGUACCAAAUGUCCUGAUCCAGUAAUGUCUAAGUACAGACAAGACAUAGAAUUCGGUGUAUUGUCCGAACGGAUUGAAGGCUUAAUAAAUGACUAUCUCUCGCGCUCGUCGAAAAUUAAGAAAUCUAUCUUCAGAGAUCUAUUAUCUAUAAAAGUUAUGAAGACAAUUUGUCCACCUGGUGAGCCAGUCGGUCUAUUAGCCGCGCAAUCCAUAGGUGAACCAUCCACUCAAAUGACCUUGAAUACUUUCCAUUUCGCGGGACGUGGAGAGAUGAACGUAACCUUGGGUAUUCCAAGAUUACGUGAAAUCCUGAUGAUGGCGUCGAGAAACAUAAAAACUCCGAGUAUGGAGAUUCCCUUCCAAAGUAAUUUACCAAAUCUCGAGAAGCAAGCAAAAAGGUUGAGAUUAAAAUUGAAAAAAUGCGUUUUAAGCGACGUGUUGAAGGACAUCACGAUAAACAGAAGAAUGGAAGAGAAUCCGCGGAGAAGAUUGAUGCAUACUAUGACAAUCGAAUUUCUUUCUCACAAAUAUUACAAGGAAGAAUUUUCCGUUCGUCCGCGGGACGUGAUUAAAUGCACUGAGGAAAUUUUUUUCAAAAAUAUAUUUAGGGAGAUUAAGAAGUUCGCCAAGGUAUCGAAAGUUCUAUUGCAUUUUGAAGGGGAAAAAAGACGGACGAAUGCGGAUGAGGACGCGGCAAUAGAUCAGAUUGAUCCUGACGAGAUGGUGCCAGAGAGCACUGGAAAUAGAACGCGGAUGGACUUAGGAGAGAUGCACGAGUCGUCUGAUGAAGAACAGGCCGCGGAAGACGCUGACGCAACGAUGAUAAAAUCAUUGCUGCGUCAUCGAGAGAAUCAGGAAUAUGAAGAUCCUGAAGAGGAAGAAAUUGCAGAGAAUAUUGUAAAUGAUGAGGAAGAAGCGGACGAUGAUAAUAAUGUAGAUAAAAUUUUUAAAAAUGAGGACGAUGACGACGAUGACGAUACUAAGAAGUUGAAUAAUAGAAAAAGUAACAAACUUGAUAACAAAAAGGACUGGGUCUUAAGUAUGUAUGCUUAUGCUACGGAUUAUGAUUAUGACGAGGGUAAAUUGUUAUGGUGCAAAUUUACCUUUUGGUUACCACUCAAAACGAUUGGAUUGGAUUUACCGACAAUAAUCAAGAAUGCUGCUGGCAAAUCUGUUGUAUGGGAAACACCAUGCAUCAAGAAAGCCUUUACAUUUCAAAACAGUAGAAAUGAAACAAUUCUCAAAACAGAUGGUUUAAAUAUAAUGGAAAUGUUUAAAUAUGUUAAUAUUCUUGAUUUAAACAGAUUAUAUUCUAAUGAUAUUUACAAUAUUUCUCAAACGUACGGAAUUGAAGCCGCAAAUAGAGUUAUUAUGAGAGAAGUCAGAGACGUUUUUAAGAUGUACGGCAUCACCAUUGAUUGUAGACAUCUAUCCUUAAUCGCAGAUUAUAUGACCUUCGAUGGUACGUUUAAACCACUCAGUCGAAAAGGAAUGGAGAAUUCUGCCUCUCCAUUGCAGCAAAUAAGUUUCGAAAGUUCGCUAGGUUUCUUGAAAACGGCGACGUUACAAGGAAAAAAAGAUGAUAUAUUAUCACCUUCGAGCAGACUGAUGAUAGGACAACCAUGCAAAUCUGGAACUGGGGCAUUUUCUCUUUUACCAUCAUUGUAUAAUAUGUAAAAACAAUAAAAUUUUACAAUACCAAUA